AUUUGAAAAUUUAAAUGGUACUUUAAACUUCUUUUAACAAGUUGAAACACAAAAUUGGUUUUCAAGACAAACUAAAUAUUAAAAUGAGCAAGGCAUUAGAGUCAACUUAUAUAUGUUUACUUUUAAUAUUUACGCUAACAAUGAAUGUUCUACUUUUAACUUUUCUGAAAAAACGAUAUUCCUAUAUAAACAUUUCGAUUUUAUUUAAUGCAAGUAUUUCCGUCUGUGAGAUUUUGCAGGUGACUUUAGGAUAUGUUCCUGAUCUACUAGCUCAAUUAGAUUUCAUAAAAGUAACAGUUUCUGGAAAUGGAUCAUGGGUUUGUAUAGGAUCAUCAUUAUUAACGUUUAUUUUUGCCGUCGUUGUUUUGAUGCAUUUUCUUGUGCUUUCGGUUUCAAGAAUUGUGGCAAUAAAAUAUCCUGUUUUUUAUGUAGCAACUUUUUCAAAAAAAAAGCUGUCAAUUAUUUUAUUGAUUUUAUGUUACAUUUACGGAAUCAUUUGGCCAGUUUUUCCACUUUUUAAAUGGUCAAAGUACGCUAAAGAUAUUGACGAAAAACGCUGCUCCCUAGACUGGCGUUUAGAACAAAAAAAUAGUUUUUCUUAUAUAAUUUGCGUUAUUUUGUUUGCUUUUAUUUUACCGUUUGUUACAAUAUUUAUUCUUUUGUUUUGUAAAAAGUAUGCUACCAUAGUCAAUCAAAGCUCCCCUAGUCGAAGAAGACACUCUUCAAUUGAGUACCAAAAAAAAAUUAAAGGAUUGGAAAAGAAAUACUUUAACAUGUGUGCAGCAUCAACAAUUUUGUAUACUUUAGCUUGGAGUCCGUACGCAGUCGUAGGUUUUUUAUCUGUUUUCAACAUUAUUAUUCCACCAAUGGUAUCAACAAGUGCAGCUUUGUUUGCAAAAUUAUCCGCAUUAAUAAACCCUUUUGUUAAUGUUUGGUUCAAUUUGGAAUUCCGAAAUUUUAUUUUUAAUUUAAAGUCGAUUCGGUUUUUUAAAAUAAAUCUUUGUAUAAAAGUAGACCCACAGGAAUCGAUGACGUCAUCAAAGGUCCAGUGUACAAACGUGUAAUCGUCACUGAAAAACAGAACAACAUUGUAUAAUUUAUAAUAAUGUAUUCAAAUGAAUGCGACUAUAGUUUUCAACAAUUAAGCAUUUGUUUGAAAUACAUUGUUGAAAAUAACUUUAAUUUUUAAUAUACUAUAUUGAAACAUACAUUUUAAUAUGCCAUAAAAAGAUUCUUCGCCAGAUCUACCUGCCAGAUCUAUCUUUUUAAUCAGUGUGCAUCAUGCAUUAGUCUGCAAAAAGAAAGUGAAAUUAGUUUCUGGCUGAUUAUUGUAAAAAAAAAAAAAAUCAUUAAUAAUAAUACUAAUACUAAUGAUAAUAAAUAAUAAUAUUUUUUUAUAUUAUAUUGUUACGUAGUUAUUUACGAUCAUCUUUGAAAUGUUUCAUUGACGUUUUUAUAAUGUAUUAAAAAUAUAUUUUUAUAAAAUAUAUAAAAAUAUAUUGACGUUUUUAUGAUGUAUUGAUAAAUAUAUGUUUUUUUAAUUUUCUGUCUAAUGAUUGUCCUUUUUUUUUUGUUUUUUUGUUUUGUUCUUCUCUUAA